AUGACACCAAUCUACGCCAAGGCUGGCUCGGCCUUAUCUGAUUGGAUUGAUAAUCGACAGGGGGAGUAUGACGUCAUCCGCUCCUCAACGCCGGCUGCCCGAAUUAAACCAACAUCAACAUCAUCCACGGAUUGUUUGAGUUUGAAACUCGCUCGUCUUCUCGUUGACACUCACUACCGUCUGGUAAACAUAUCGAACAGCACGAUGUCAUUGUCAACAGUUUCCAUCGCAAAAGGCAUGGAUGUCGGUAGGAUAGGCGCGUUGAGACUCCUCCCCCAUCCGAUGCGACAUACUACCUUGCCUUGCUUUCGAGGGACCCCUCGCUCCAUAUCCUCGACAAGAGCUCGUCACAGCUUAUGCAAAAACUCCCAACAAAUCUUAUGUUUUUCUCGAAAAAAUGCCUCGAUAGCAUCAAUGGCUCUUCAACAACCCUGUCGCCACACGAUGAGUUAUUCUUCCAUGCCACAAGCCCAGCGGCCAAAGGCAGAUGAUUACAUUCAAGAACUCCAAGAUUUAUACGAGAUUGCAAAAGACGAGCUCGAAAUCGCAGCUGAAUCCACCGCCGCCUCCACCAUGUACGCCGUCUCCGAUCGCAUCUCCCUCCGCGAAGCGUUCGAUGACCUGGACCGUGCCUACGCCGCGUACACAGGAACGACACCGCACCCAUCGCAUCUCGAGCGGCCGCCGCCAUCAUCUUCAGCUAAUGCGGUAAACGGAGCAGGAGGGGCAAAUGAAGCUGGCGAAGCGGAGGGGGAAGAGGGGCAGACGAGGGGUAGUAGUAGUAGUAGUAGUAGUAGUAGUAGUAUGAGGUUUAACCCCGUGGAGGUUCCGGAUGAAGUUCGGGAGGAGAUCAAAAGGCGGAUUGGGCAGAGGAUUCGGGAGUUGAGGAAUGCGGUGGAGCAGUUGGAGGAGAGUGUUAGGGAGUGA